UCCAAAAUAGCAUUUUCUUGCAUCACAAGUAACCUCCAAAGUACCAUUUUUGUAGCACAAUUAAUCUCCAAAAUGUUUGGUUUUCAUGAGGAAAAUGUACCGGGCCGGUGUGUUUGGGUCAACGGCCCAAUAAUAGUGGGAGCUGGGCCUUCAGGGCUUGCAGUCUCCGCUUGUUUAAGGGAACAAGGCGUCCCUUUCGUAGUAAUCGAAAGAGAGGAUUGCAUUGCUUCUCUUUGGCAAAAACGAACAUACAAUCGACUAAAACUUCACCUCCCAAAAAAAUUCUGCCAACUUCCGAAUUUACCCUUCCCCGAAGAAUACCCGGAGUACCCGAAUAAAAAACAAUUCAUUACCUAUCUCGAAAAUUACGCUAGUAAAUUCGACAUUAAACCACAAUUUAAUGAGUGUGUCCAAUCCGCAAAAUACGACGAGAAAUGUAGCAUAUGGCGGGUCAAAACCAUAUCGACAAUGGGCUCUAUCCGGACCGAAACAGAGUAUAUGUGCCAAAUGCUUGUGGUGGCAACCGGAGAAAACGCCGAAGGCGUGGUACCUAAUAUCGAAGGUUUACAAGAAUUCUCCGGCGAAGUCAUCCACGCGAAAGACUACAAAUCCGGCGAGAAAUACACCGGAAAAAAAGUUUUGGUCGUCGGUUGUGGAAACUCCGGCAUGGAACUCUCUCUUGAUCUCUCAAACCACAAUGCAAAGCCAUCGAUGGUGGUUCGAAGCUCGGUUCAUGUAUUACCACGAGAAAUAUUCGGAAAAUCGACAUUCGACUUGGCGGUUAUGAUGAUGAAAUGGCUUCCUUUAUGGCUGGUGGAUAACAUUCUAUUGAUUUUAACAUGGUUGAUCCUUGGAAACACACAAAAAUAUGGGAUCAAAAGACCAUCUUUAGGCCCAUUACAACUCAAGAACAAGCAUGGAAAAACCCCUGUUCUCGACAUCGGUGCAUUCGAAAGAAUUCGGUCCGGUGACAUCAAAGUUGUCCCCGGAAUCAAAAGAUUUCACCGGAAUUCAGUGGAGUUCAUCAAUGGCGACUUUCAAGAACUUGAUUCAGUUGUUUUGGCAACUGGGUAUUGCAGCAAUGUUCCUUAUUGGCUACAGGGGAGUCAACUGUUUGACCAAAAUGGAUUCCCAAAAGGUCAAAUGUCAAAUGGGUUGUAUGCAGCAGGGUUUACAAGAAGAGGGCUUGCAGGUGUUUCUGCGGAUGCCAUAAAAAUAGCACAAGAUAUUGGGAGUGUUUGGAAACAAGAAUUAAAUCAAAUAAAAAAGGAAGUGUCCUACUCAUAGAAGAUGCUACUCAAUUUUCCUAAAAUAGUAUAUGUGAUUUUUUUUAUAUUUUUAAAUUUUUUGUGUAUACAAAGGAAAAUAAAAGAAAGAGUAGAAGAGGAGAAGAGUAGGAUAGCCCUUCCUAAGAAAGAGUCCAAAUUAUAGUUUUUGUAAAUUUGGGCAUUUUGAAUGUAGGAUGAUGAGGCUCUCUUUUAGUUAUUGAAUGAUUUAUUUGUACAAUCUUUAUACAAUGAAUAAUAAUAUUCUUUAGUUCAAGUUAA